CCUCUCUGGUGGUCCUACCUCAGCGCUCCCCAUCGGCUGGCUGCGACCGCGAUGCCGCUCUCCAAGGACGACGUCUCCGGGAUCGAGACUGUCGCGCACUACACGCACGACGAGGACCAGGCCUACCUGAUGCUCUAUGGUGAGGGCGUCUUCGAGACGAUCCCGAUCGAGGCUGAUUACACGGUUGGCGACAUGAAGCUGUGGCUCAACUUUCACAAGGGAAAGGACCCUGCGGAGUACGACCUUGUCGGGCCGAAGGGCUGCUGGAAGAUGGGGGCUGGCUCCGAAGUGCUGGGCGACGAGGUCGUCAUCUCGGAGGUGAUGGGUGAGCGGUUUGAAAACAAGUGGCUCAUGCAGCUGUCUCUCUUCCCGAAGAAGAAGUCGGAGGCUUCGGGCCAGUGGGAGUCGACCUUCGAGACGAUCGAGGAGUGGGUGCCGCCGCCGCCCGAGGAGGCGUGGGACGAGGAGGACGACGACGAGGAGAAGUGGAAGAAGGACGUCGAAAAGUCCGAGGCGGACAACUGAGUGCUUUGCAAGCGCCGACGAGUGCCAUGUUGCGCGCCGCGUGCGAAGGGGGGGGGCGCGUUCGCACAUUCAGGAUAGCGAGCGUAUUGCGCCACAGAACUGCCAACCGAUGGCGUGGCUACUGGCCAGAGUUGCGCACCGCCCACGGGCGCAACCGGCUUGGGUAAGAGGCGCAUAUGCAGCAUGUGGUUGUUCUCUGAUAGAAUGUGUAUCUUUCGAGCAUACUCGAGUAAAAUGUCUCA